AUGUCAUCAUUAGAUAGUAGUAGCAUUGAUCAAUUGUACGAUACAACAUCCCUACCAGAGAAUGUACAAACUUUCUUUCACUCGGUUCAAGAGUCACCAGACUAUAGACAGAAUCUAGAUCAUAUAAGAGUAUUUGCAAAACAUGCACUCAAACAGAAUCAAAAAGUGAUUGUCAUUACUUCUGGAGGAACAUUGGUGCCAAUUGAAAAGAAUAUGGUUCGAUAUUUAGAUAAUUUUAGUGGAGGUGGUCGCGGAGCUAGUACUGCCGAAUGGUUUUUAGAACAUGGAUAUAGUGUUUUAUUCCUUUCAAGAAAGAAUUCAUUACAACCAUUCCUAAGACACUUGAUGACACAUGACACUAAUUUCUUUGAUUAUUUAACCUACGACGAAAAAGAUAAACAAGCACAUAUUAGUGAUAAAUAUCAAGACCAAGUAUCACAUCUUUUGGGUAAAUGGAAACAUUAUAUAGACUCUGGCAGAUUUGUAAGAAUACAUUUUCAAUCAGUUGGUGAAUAUUUAUAUUUAUUAAGAGCUGCAUGUAUUGAAUUAUCAAUCAUGAAACAAAAUUUAAUCAUUUAUGCAGCUGCUGCUGUAUCUGAUUUCUAUAUUCCAUUAAAUGAAAUGUCGGAACAUAAAAUUCAAUCAAGAAAUGCAGGAUUAACAAUUGAUUUACAACCAGUACCAAAAUUAUUAAAACAUAUUGUAGAUUCAUGGUGUAAAGAUGCAUUUGUUGUAUCAUUCAAACUUGAAACUGAUAUUAAUAUUUUAGACAAGAAAUGUUUAUUAUCACUGGAAUCUUAUAAACACCAUUUGGUCAUUGGUAAUUUGUUGUCAGACUAUAGAAACAAGGUUGUACUGCAUUCACCAUUGAUUGGUGUUGGUGCUGAAGAAAAGGGACCUAUUACAAUAACUAGAACACAAUCACAAAUCGAUGAAAUGGUUGAUAUUGAACCAAUGAUUUGUGAUCGUCUACUUGCAAUGCAUAAUCAAUAUAUAACUAAUAGUCUAAAAUAA